AUCACUAUCCGUUAUAGAAGACAGUGUGAGACAGAGAGAGAGAGAGAGAGAGUCUAAUCUAUAAAUAUCUUCUCUUCCUCUCCUUCUUCUUGUUCCCUCACUUGCCCCUUCUUCUUCCUAUUGCUCCCGAGUCAAAUCGUCUUUUCUCUCUCAAGAGUAGAGUAUAAACGUUGUGUGGAGCGGAGCUUUUCAGAUUCAUCGAUGGAGGUAUUUGGAAAAUCUCGCAUGGUCACCUCUGCGAACGUUAUUUACUUGUCUGCCAUUCUAGGUCGCCAUACCGACGAGUCUCACAAAUGUGACUGGAAAUGCGAGAACGAAAACGUUUGCGGGAACAUGUACCGCUGCAAACUAACAGGACUGACUCACGUCUGCGACUACAACUGUAACCAGAGGAUCCUCUACGAUAACCACACCUCUCUCUGCCGAGCCAGCGGCAGAGUUUUCCCUCUCUCGCCUGCUGAGGAGCAGGCGGUUAGAGGUGUGAGGAGGAAGCUUGAUAGCAACAGCGAGAGCGUUGCUUCUUCUGAGGGUUGUUCGUUUAAGCGUCGUCGUCGUGAUGUCCAGCUCCAUGCUUCUCCUUUUGAGAGGUCUUUCACUGCUGUGAGUCCGAUAUGUAGCCCGGCUGGAGAGGGGAUGGAGUUGAGUUAGAUCCUUGUUGAUGAUCAUCUCCUCUGUUUCUGAGACCUGAGAGAGGCUCUUUUUAUCUUACCUAGUAUAACUUACUUUUAUCUUUUUUUUUCUGUUUCUUUUGGACAUCUAUGGAUAAGAGACAUAUGUGCUGUUGCUCUGACAGGGAGGGUCUAGGCAUCUUCCCUGUCUGAAAGAGAGCUUUAUCUUUAGUAUUAAUGAACUUUAUGUAGUAGUACUUAUGUAGGAGAGACUUUAUUAUUCUACUGCUUUAUUCUGAAUCUUACUGCUUUUGCAUUUAGGUGAUGUAAUAAUGAACUUUGCUUCUUUUUC